AUGAUCAAAGGAAUUGUGCUGGCUUUAGGACUUUUUGUGUCUAGCGGAUUUGUGGAAGCUGUUCCGUAUGGCCACUAUGGUGGAGGUGGAGCUGCAGCGAGUGCAAGUGCAAGCUCCUCAGCAUCAGCGAGCAGCUAUGGUGGCGGCAGUGGAUAUGGAAGUGGAGGAUGUAAUGGUGGAUGCGGCGGUGGAGGUGGUGGUGGUGUUGAAAGUGGUUUUGGGGCAGGGCUAUCUCUUGGAUUGAAAAAGGAUGUUAAUAUUGGUCUUGGUGGAAACGGUGGUUUACUUGGUACAGGCCUACUCAGUGGAGGUGGCGGUGGUCUCCUUCGUAGUGGUGGAGUUCUUGGUACAGGCUUAAUGAAAGAUGGAGAAGAAGGAUCUAGAUCUGGCGGUGAUAACGGUGGUAUGCUUGGUAGUGGUGGACUUCUUGGCACAGGCCUAAUGAAGGGAGGAUUAGGAGGAGUAGGGUCUAGUGGUGACACUGGCCUUCUAGGUAGUGGAGGACUUCUCGGAACGGGUUUAAUGAAGGGAGGAAGGGUUUCGGGGUCGAGUUACAGCUGUGGCGAACUUGGCGGUGGAUGUGGUGGCGGCGGUGGAGGUGGUGCUGGUGCAGGUCACGGAAAUUACGGAGGAGGUGGUGGCGGAAGUGGAAGUGCAGCAUUAGCAGGUGCAAGUGCAAUAUCUGCAGCAUCUGCAAAUAGCUUUGGUGGCGGUGGACAUAAUGGAGUUGAAGGAUGUGGUACAGGCAGUGAUUGUAGUGGAGAUGAUUUUGGUGCUGGAAAUGGAUAUGGAGGAGGUGCUGGUGGUUCUGGUGGUGGAUUUGGAGGUCAUGGUGUUUCUGGGGGAUAUGGAUCCGGAGGAUAUGGUGGAUCUGGAGGACAUGGAGGAUCUGAUGGAGGACGAGGAAGUGGCGGUAACGGGGGAGGUACUGGUGGAAGUGCAGCUUUAGCGAGUGCAAACGCAAUCUCUGUAGCAUCUGCAAACAGUUUUGGUAGUAAUGGUGGACAUAAUGGCGGUGGAGGUUGCGAUGGUAACGGUGGAUGUGGUGGAAGUGAUGGAGGUAGUGGUAUUGGUGGUGGUGUUGGCGGUGGAGUUGGUGUUGGAUUGUCUCUUGGAUUGAAAAAAGAUGUAAAUGUUGGGCUUGGUGGAAAAGGUGGUUUAUUUGGCACAAGUUUACUAAGUGGUGGUGGCGGUGGCUUCCUUAGCAGUGGUGGAGCUCUUGGUACAGGUUUAAUGAAGGAAGGAGAAGAAGUUCCCGGUGCAAGUGGUGGUUGUGAUAAAACUGAUGGUCACGGAGGUGGUUCCGGUGGCCAUGGAGCACAUUCUGGUGCUUCUGCUUCAGCUUCUGCAUCAGCUUCUGCAAAAAGUAGUAGCUACGGAUACGGAAAGUAA